GAAGCUAUAGUGAAGCUGGAGAGUCUGUUACCGGACAAGUUAGUUUCGAUGUUUUAAACACAGGGAAACACCACAUUAGUGUAUGGUUCAUAGUUAUUGUUGCUUCUAAACUGUUUACAACGAUAUUUUGAGCCAAUAGAUAGUUGUUUUACGUUACCACAGCUAGCUUAUAACUUGGCCAGCAAGCUGUCUUGUUCACCCAGCUGUGUUAUUAGCUAGGCUAUUUAACUAGCUGGGUUACUUCGUCGUGGCUUUCAGAUAGUUCCCUAGCUAGCUGUUAGAACGUAGUAUUGCGCAAUUAAUACGCGUUUGAGAUUUAAGUGGUUUAAAGUUUUCUUCACUUUCAACUCGGAGGAUGCCGGCCGUUCUGCAGUGCCCCGGCUACCCUGAAGCAAAACUCCGCUGUUUGGCGGAAAGCCUCCAGUGUAGGGAGGUACAGGCCAGCACGUUGCUGGCCUUAAUGGGCGAGCCUCAGCAGUACAGCUAUCCAUCAGUCUUCAUCUACGGCCACAGAGCCACAGGGAAGAGUCAUGUGGUGCUUGCAUUACUAACAGAACUGGAGCUCCCUCACGCGGCCAUGAGCUGUGUGGAGUGUUUCUCGAGAGGUCUGCUCUUUGAGCAGGUGUUGAUGGCCUUGUUUGGCCCGGAGGCUGCCGCUCUCCUUCCACGAUGUGCCUCCUUCUCUGACUUUGUGCGGGUGUACAGGCAAAUGUGUGCCCAGGAACCUGCCGAUCAGACCCGCUAUAUUGUUCUGGAAAGAGCAGAGCUGCUCCGAAAUAUGGAAGCCAACCUGCUGCCCGGUCUUCUGCGACUACAAGAACUGGUCGAUGACAAUGUGACCGUGAUCCUGCUCAGUGAGAUCGUGUGGGACAAGUUUCGACCCAGUACCGGCUGCUUCGAACCUCUGCUGCUACAUUUUCCUGAUUACACGAAAGCUGAGCUCCAGCAGAUCUUGUCUCGACACAGUCAUCCCUCCUACACGCCUGAACUGUACUCUUCCUACAUUAACAUCCUGCUUGGAGUCUUCUACUCUGUCUGCAGGGACCUGAGAGAGCUCCGACACCUGGCUGCCCUCAAUUUUACCAAGUUCUGUGAGCCUCUGGAAAAAGGAGAAGCCCAGGAGAGUGACACACAUAAGCUGUGGAGGAGGGUCGAGCCGCACCUGAAGAGAGCCAUGCAGACCGUGUACCUGAGAGAGGUGUCCAGUGUUCAAUGGGAGCAGCAGCAGAUGGAUGAGAAGGAGGCCACAGCUUUAAGAGGUUUGUCAGCACAUGCUCAUGUAGAGUUGCCGUAUUAUUCCAAAUUCCUGCUCAUCGCAGCGUACCUGGCCUCCUAUAACCCAGCCCGCACCGACCGGCGCUUCUUCCUUAAGCAUCAUGGAAAAAUUAAGAAAACCAAUUUCUUGAAGAAACAUGAAAAAACUAGUAACCAUCUGUUGGGACCCAAGCCAUUUCCUCUGGACAGACUGUUGGCCAUAUUCUACAGUGUGGUAGACAGCAGAGUUGCGCCAACAGCAAGCAUCUUCUCCCAGAUAUCCUCUCUGGUCACCCUGCAGCUCCUUACUCACAUAGGACAUGACGACCAGCUGGACACACCAAAAUACAAGUGUGCUGUCUCCCUCGACUUCAUCUUCGCAAUCUCCAGAACUGUGAAUUUUGACAUCGUCAGGUACCUGUAUGACUUCCUAUGAAGCCCUGUUUUUUGGGCCAGAAGCCAGCCUCCUUUUGAAAGCAUUUUGAUGGAGAGCCAGACCAAGUUGAUGCAAGCCUGGGCUGUGCAGUCACUGGCAGAAUCAUGACAUGUGACUGUUGAAAAGACUUGUUUUCUGUGCUUAAAUUUGCCUUGGGCCUGAGUCCAAGUCCCUCCCUCAAUGCUCUAAGUUAAUUCCACUUUGACAGUACCAUUUGAGAACUCACAGAUUUCAUUUUGAAUUAUGGAAGCAGCUUCUCAUUCCAGAUAUUGUCAUUUUGAUUUACAGCAAAUGGCUAGCUGGCUAACACAAGAAAUAUCUUGAACCUAAACAUUUGCUAAGUGGAACAAACAAAUGAAUAAAAUUAUUAAUUCAGCCCUCAGCGCCCAAAACUGUACGUAUGUGGAAGUUUACACAUCCCAACACCCUGAUGUAUACUAUAAUGUACAGACCUGUCACUGGAUAUCAUUUUAUGAUGAUGAUUGAUAUAAUAUUGGUUUAAAAAAUAAAUAUCAUAACAAAUAAACAUAUUUGAAGUUUCUGCAAA